AUGGCAGUCCUGCUCGGACUUCCAAACGAAACCCUUCUUCGCAUCUUCAACUACCUCUUACAGAACGUCAAGCAUCCCAAGCCCCAAGCCGACCUGCUGAACUUGAGCUUGACAUGUAAACAACUGGCACCACUCGCCCGCGAGGUCCUCUUCACUGCUCCGAUUCUUCACCCACGUAAGAUCGACAUAUUUCUCGUUACUCUCUUCAAGUACCCGGACCUGCAAUCAAAGAUCCAGAGUCUCACCGUCGAAUCGAACAAGGUUGACGGAAACUGGGUGGUAUCAGACCCUCUCCGUGUCCUCGCUCAGGACUCAGAAAUUCUCUCCAGAUGUGCUGGCAUUCUUCGAACUUCGGCUCUCGACGAGGAGAUUAAGCAAGAAUACACUCGAGUUCUUCAGCUUCCGUUAUAG